AUGCCAAACUCUCAACUCCCAGAGACAACUGGUCAGAAGAUCAGUCUCCCGCCGCUUGAGUUAGGAUGGAGAUGGCCUAGACUUGUGAGCUCCUACUUGGAAGAAGUCGAAGAGGAGUGUUUGAAAUGGUCGGCGAGUUUUACGGCCUUUGACCACGAAACACAAUGUCUUAUUCACGAGAAAGGAAAACUCAAGCAAAUUCGGUCUGGAUGCGAGCUUAUGCAUCUUUUCUUCAUGUUCGACGAAUACUCCGACAAGGCCUCUCCCGAAGAAGUUCUUUACCAGGCCCAGGUCAUGAUUGACACUCUUAAAAGUCCCGAGACCCCUCGGCCAAAGGGGGAAUGGAUCGGAGGUGAAAUAAUACGACAAUUCUUGCUUCACCUUCCUCGUACUGCUACCGAGACUUUUCGGGCUCGAUUCGGUGCGACUUGGAUAGACUAUGUCCACUCUGUAGUCCAACAGGCUCAAUUCAGAUCAGAGUCACGUAUCCUGGAUUUGGAAGACUUUCUUACUAUCAGACGCAACACCUCUGGCGCACCAUCCACAAUUGCCUUUUACGAAAUGAACAGUGACAUCCCGGAUGAUAUCCGAGAGCAUCCUGUCAUUCGUGAAUUGGAAGUCUUGGCGGUGGACCUCAUCGUUAUUGCCAAUGACAUCCUGUCGUACAACAAGGAGCAGGCCAUAGGAGAUGACGAGCACAACAUUGUUACUAUUCUCAUGAGCCAGUACAACCUUGACGUCCAACAAGCCAUGGAUAUGGCGGGAGACCUGGCCGAUGUGAAGAUGAAUAGGUUCUACUUCCUGUAUCCGCAAGUUCCACGAUACGUAGGGCCUGUGGAUUUGGAAAUUCAGACCCUUGUGGACGGCAUGGCUCAGUGCGUGAGUGGUGUGUUCCAUUGGAGCUAUGAGAGUCAGCGAUAUUUUGGGAAACGCGGGAUGGAAAUCAAGCGGACCCGACAACUGCGACUCUUGCCCAAGACGAGGACGAAUGACACCAUAGGUACUAUACCUGUGAAUGAUGUGUUGAUCUUGUAA